AGGGGAGGAGAGCGACGGUUGGGGAGCGCUGACGCGACGCGGGGGGCGGGGCUGGCGCCGACGCAGGCCUUGCUUGCCGCCGCUUGGUUGGCCGGUUCCGCGGAGGUGGGCUGGUCCGUCGCUGGGUUUUUGCUAGGCGCCGGGCGCGCUACAGCGGCGGCUACCUGAGGCCCGGCGUCGCCUGCCGUGGGUCCCUACCUACCUGUCCGUUUGUUUCUCUUUCAUGCGGGGGCCUUUCCUGGGCGAAGAUGAACUGAGGGCAGCGGGGCUCGGCGAGUGACGGGCGGGCCGGGCGCCUGCCUGCCUGCCUGCCUGCCUGCCUGGAGGGUGGUCGCUCGGUCGCUCGCUCUGCGGCGGGGACGGUCCGUUGCCGCUCCGCCCCCCGCCCCCCGCCCCCGCCAUGAACUACCAGCACCUCCAGCAGCAGCAGCAGCAACUGGCCAACUCGGCGGCCAUCCGGGCGGAGAUCCAGCGCUUCGAGUCGGUGCACCCCAACAUCUACUCCAUCUACGAGCUUCUGGAACGGGUGGAGGAGCCGGCGCUGCAGGGCCAGAUCCGGGAGCACGUCAUCGCCAUCGAAGAUGCCUUUGUAAAUAGCCAGGAGUGGACACUAAGUCGAUCUGUGCCAGAACUCAAAGUGGGAAUUGUGGGCAACUUAGCUAGUGGUAAAUCUGCCCUUGUACAUCGCUAUCUGACUGGGACGUAUGUCCAGGAGGAAUCACCAGAAGAUAUGGAUGCAGGUGGGAGAUUCAAGAAGGAGAUAGUAGUUGAUGGACAAAGUUACCUGCUGCUGAUUAGAGAUGAAGGUGGUCCUCCUGAGGCACAGUUUGCCAUGUGGGCGGAUGCUGUUAUAUUUGUCUUCAGCCUAGAAGAUGAAAUUAGCUUCCAAACCGUGUACCACUACUAUAGCCGCAUGGCAAACUAUCGCAACACUAAUGAAAUCCCAAUGGUACUUGUGGGUACUCAGGAUGCUAUAAGUUCCAGUAAUCCUCGUGUCAUUGAUGAUGGUAGAGCGCGGAAACUGUCAAAUGAUUUGAAAAGAUCUACCUACUAUGAAACCUGUGCUACCUAUGGGCUGAAUGUGGAGAGAGUCUUUCAGGAUGUUGCACAGAAGAUUGUUGCAACAAGAAAAAAGCAGCAGCUUUCAAUAGGCCCUUGCAAAUCCCUACCAAACUCUCCAAGCCACUCAUCUGUAUGUUCAGUCCAGGUUUCUGCAGUACAGAUCAGCCAGACCAGUAACGGAGGAGGGAGUUUAAGUGAUUAUUCCUCCUCUGUCCCAUCUACUCCAAGCACCAGCCAGAAGGAGCUGCGGAUUGAUGUUCCACCUACCACAAAUACUCCAACUCCUGUUCGUAAACAGUCCAAGCGCCGGUCCAACCUUUUUACGUCUCGGAAAGGGAGCGACCCAGACAAAGAGAAGAAAGGAUUGGAGAGCAGAGCAGAUAGUAUUGGAAGCGGUCGUGCAAUCCCAAUUAAACAGGGCAUGCUGCUGAAGCGAAGUGGCAAAUCUUUAAAUAAAGAGUGGAAGAAGAAAUAUGUUACUCUCUGUGAUAAUGGCGUACUGACCUAUCACCCAAGUUUACAUGAUUAUAUGCAGAAUGUCCAUGGAAAAGAAAUUGACCUUCUGAGGACCACAGUGAAAGUCCCAGGGAAGAGGCCGCCUCGAGCUACAUCAGCAUGUGUACCCAUCUCCAGUCCGAAAACAAAUGGCUUGUCCAAAGACAUGAGCAGUUUACAGAUCUCACCAAACUCAGGAAAUGUGACUACUAGUACUUCUGUGUCUCAGAUGGCAAGCGGCAUCAGUCUGGUUUCCUUCAACAGUCGCCCUGACGGGAUGCAUCAGCGGUCCUAUUCAGUCUCCAGUGCUGACCAGUGGAGUGAGGUGACAGUUGUGGCGAACUCAAGCAUUAGUAGUGAUACUGGCUUGGGAGAUUCUGUCUGCUCCAGUCCAAGUAUAUCUAGCACCACAAGUCCUAAGCUGGACCCUCCUCCUUCCCCUCAUGCAAACAGAAAAAAGCAUCGCAGGAAGAAAAGCACAAGCAAUUUUAAAGCUGAUGGUAUCUCAGGCACUGCUGAAGCCAAACGUAAAGCGUGGAAACUAAAUCGUGUUGGUAGCCUGCGAAAUAUAUACAGCAGCAGCAGCACCAACACUGAAGAACAAGAAGAAAACUUUGAGUUUAUCAUUGUGUCUCUUACUGGUCAGACUUGGCACUUUGAAGCUACAACAUAUGAAGAAAGAGAUGCUUGGGUCCAAGCUGUAGAGAGUCAAAUUCUGGCCAGCCUGCAGUCAUGUGAGAGCAGCAAGAAUAAGUCCCGACUGACAAGUCAGAAUGAGGCCAUGGCCCUUCAGUCAAUAAGAAACAUCAGAGGCAAUUCUCGCUGUGUGGACUGUGGGGUACAAAAUCCUGACUGGGCAAGCUUAAAUUUGGGAGCCCUCAUGUGUAUUGAAUGCUCAGGGAUACAUCGAAACCUUGGCACCCACGUGUCCCGUGUGCGCUCACUUGACUUGGAUGAAUGGUCUAUUGAACUCAUCAAAGUAAUGUCCUCCAUUGGGAACGAGUUAGCAAAUAGCGUGUGGGAAGAAAAUACCCAGGGACAUGCAAAACCCUCUCCAGACUCCACAAGGGAAGAAAAAGAGCACUGGAUCCGAGCAAAAUAUGAGCAGAAGCUCUUCCUUGCUCCACUGCAGCCCUUAGAGUUUUCCUUAGGCCAGCACCUGCUAAGAGCAACUGCGGAGGAAGAUUUGCGAACGGUCAUCCUGCUUCUUGCUCAUGGGACACGAGAAGAAGUCAAUGAAACCUGUGGAGAUGGAGAUGGGCGUUCAGCCUUACAUCUAGCAUGCCGGAAAGGAAAUGUAGUGUUGGUGCAACUGUUAAUUUGGUAUGGUCUUGACGUUAUGGCCCGCGAUGCCCAUGGAAACGGUGCUUUGGCCUAUGCCAGGCAAGCCACCAGCCAAGAGUGCAUUGACCUUCUCCUGCAGUACGGCUGCCCCGAUGAGUGCUUUGUCCUUAUGGCUACUCCCAAUUUAUCAUGGAAGAACACUAAUAGGAACAACAGCAGUGCAAGGAUGCCCACCAUCAUCUGAAAAUACUGGCUCUUGUUUUCUGACCUUACUAAUAUUCAUACAUGUUAGGCAUUACUUCCACAGCUGAAGCCCAUGAGUCUGUAAAAGAGCCCUUCUUUUCUCCUCAGUUCUCACUUUCUCCAGAGAGGGCGGGAAUUGCCUGGCUACUGUAAAAAGACAAGAAGGAGAAAAGAGGACUGCAGAAACCAUUUGUUUUAAUAAAAAGAACUCAAAGGAUGAAACUGUAGAUGGGAGGAGAAGACAAAGAGAGGUCAUGGAUUCACUAAUGAUAGCACAUGACAUGGGACCAUUUGACUGGGUGUCUCGAGGCAAGGCUCUCAAGGCAAGUAUUGCACGAGAGUUACUGGAGGGAAACAACAGGGGGAAGACGAGAAGAAAUUGCAACUUUCCUUAACUGACAGUUCAGCACAUCAGUACAAUUCACCUCUACCAAACUGAACAUUUGGAUUUCAUUCCCUUUUCUAAAGAGCUUGACGGCAUAAAUCAGAAGCAAGCACAGAGUUUGUCAGGUCUGAAGCUCCUAUGAUGGUAUGUGUCAAAUCAGUUGUAGCUAAUCUGUCCAGGGAGAAUACUGGCUUCAUUACACUUGUAUAGUUGAGUUCUUCCAGCAUUACUGCUGUUUAAUAGAACAUGAUUAGUCAUCACGGAGAAAAAAGCAUAUUAGCUGAGGAGGUAGUUACAUGGCACGCUUCGGUGAUUGCUUGGAUGUGAUUGCAAUAUUCUUAGAAGCAUCAUAUUAUCUCAGACAUGUUCUUUCAAGCCCUUGGAGCCUUCCUUUCUAAAUUCACUGUCAUAAUUUAGUAUCUGUUUAAUUUUUCAGUCCAAAGAGAGGAAAUCAGUUGCUGAGUAUUAUUUGACUGCAGCCUCCUUGGUGUAAAAACAAAAUGGAAAAAAUAAAUAAGAAUAGCUAUGAAAUGCAAAAGGGAUUAAUGAAUACUGCUAAGGAAAAAAAAUUUCAAGCUCAUUUAUGAGAAUAACUACAUAAAAGGCUAAUUUUUUCCAUCAUGAGAAAUACAUUGUGUCACUUUCACCAAUAUAAAUGUGUUAAGUUUCACCCUAAAUUAUUUAGAUUGUGUAUUGUGUCUUUUGGUUAUGUGUAUGUAAAAUAUUCUAUUCAAAUUUUUAAAUGUUCGUAAGUAUGCAUUGAUUUUUUUGUAAGGCAAAUAUACUUCUGUUAAUUUAUAAACUAUAAUUGAUGUGACAUAAUGUGCAGAUAGUUAGGAUCUAAGGGAUCACAGAUUGUAGUAAUAGAUCGUGAAAACACUCCAGACAAAGAAAUAGAUUUUUUCCUUGAUGAAAAGCAUAUCUGUCUAAGAUGCUGGCACAUGUUUACAGAAAAGGUGUUGGGAAAUAUGGUUUGGAAAGGCAGACCAUUGUCUUCCAGAAGCACAAACAUCUUUCACUGUGUGCUUCCUGAAAAUGUUGUGGAGUGUGCUUGGGAGCCUGAAGCAAAGUAUGCAAGAAUCAGGGUCCAAUCAUAGCUUCUUGUCCUCCAGAAUGGAUCCCGUGGAAUGGCUGACUUCUGGGAAGGAUUUUAGAUAACAAUAGCAGUUUCAGUGUAUUGGUAGCACUGAAUUGUUUUUAGCUUUUGUCUCCUUUGUGGGUUCUGUGAUUUUGAAUUGCGAGGCAUGAAUAGGAAAAAGGGUAUGUUAUAGAGAAGGAAUUAAUGUUGAAACUGCCCGAGAGAGAUACCAGUGAAGAAUUCUUUACAUGCAAUAACAAAACAUACAUUUACCUGCAUUUAACACUCCUGUGGUAUUUUAUUUCUUUGUGACUGUAUUUUCCAUUGAAGGGGAAAAUAACUGGAGAAAAUAAAGCACAGAACUGAAUUUGUGCUGAGAAGACCAGAAGAAAUACUUUUGUAAUGUUGUAAUCUCCUGGGGCUGCAGACCCUCUGCUCUUUGUUGGGCAAGGGACAAUUUCCUAAGCUUUCUUCCUGACAGUUUACUAAAAUAAGGCUUGACAAAAUACAAUUUAGUGGUACAAAUUGUGGUAAUGCCAAGAGUACCCCAAAUGAAGUCAAUAGAAAGUACUUGGUUUUUGUACCUCCCCUAAAAGAGCAGAGGGUCUGCAGCCCCAGGUUCUGAUGAACAUGGCGGUGAUGGAGGGAAGGCAUCAGCCGAUUGCUAGUGUCACGUAAGCAGUGUUAUGGAAGCCGCAUUAAACCUAGUAUCUGCCUGAACAUCUUCAAAGCCACAAAUGUGGACUCAUGCUGCAAAAUUCCCAUGGCUCUUUUAUUUCUUUUAAAUGCUCACAGAGCUGAAUACACGAAAAGAGAAAACCAAUGGAAUAAGGCGGCCAACUCAAGCAUUGUUGCACAAAGACUGUAGUUUGUGCCUGUGAGGCUUCUCUUGGCUCAAGUUACCAGACAACAUUACAAAAGUAUUUCUUCUGGUCUUCUCAGCACAAAUUCAGUUCUGUGCUUUAUUUUCUCCAGUUAUUUUCCCCUUCAAUGGAAAAUACAGUCACAAAGAAAUAAAAUACCACAGGAGUGUUAAAUGCAGGUAAAUGUAUGUUUUGUUAUUGCAUGUAAAGAAUUCUUCACUGGUAUCUCUCUCGGGCAGUUUCAACAUUAAUUCCUUCUCUAUAACAUACCCUUUUUCCUACUCAUGCCUCGCAAUUCAAAAUACACAUAACCAAAAGACAGAAUACUGUACACAAUCUAAAUAACUUAGGGUGAAACUCAACACAUUUAUAUUAGUGAAAGUGACACAAUGUGUUUCUCAUAAUAGAAAAUAUGUAUCAGCCACACCCAAACAAAAGUUAUUGUCACACCUGAAGAAACUAGAAUACAUGAAGGAAGAGUAGGGGAAAGUUUAAGAGAACAAUUACCCCAACCAUCAGCUCCUCAGCAACACUUACAUACAAAUGCUAUAAAAGUGAAAGUAAAACCUGAAAUUUCAUUUAUUCAAAACACCUGACUGCAGAAGAGCAGCUUGUCAUUCCCAGAGUCAAAUGCCACUACCUGGCUGAAAGUCACAAUGCUAAAAUCAGAACUUCACUGAUACUGUAAGAAAAACUCCUGCCUCAUAAGCUCACUGUUCCUCUUGCAUUUCCUUCCCUGCCACCUUCUUGGAUAAAAGUCCCAUGCAUUGAAUCAAAAUAUAUUAAAUCACAGGGACAACAGAUCUGGCUAUGCCAUAUUUGCAUGUGGCAUAAGUGGAGUGUGACAUGUUUGUUAUGAGUUCAGGAUUAUAAUAAUAUAUUUAGUUAUUUUUAAAGAGGGAAAUCAUGCACUCACACUUUUCAAGGAUUCUCCAUGAUGCUCAAAGCAUCUUGUUUUAUUUAGGCCAAACCAGAUACAGUGGGAAAGAUGUGGCGUGUCUCCCAAUGCAUGGGCGUAGGCGGGGGGCAGGAGGGGCAAUUGCCCCUCCUAGAAGCAGAAGGCUGAGGGGCGCAGGCGCGGCAGCCCCAGGUUCCCGCUCCCGGCACGAAGCUCCAGAGGCGCGCGGGGAGCGUAAGCGGAGGAGGCAGCCACAGGCUUGCGUUCCCCGCCUGCCUCUGGAGCUUCGCGCCGGGAGCGGGAGCCUGGGGCCGCCUCCUCAGAAGACCUGGGAGGCGGAGGAGGCAGCCACAAGCUCGCGUUCCCCGCACACCUCUGGAGCUUCGCGCCGGGAGCGGGAGCCUGGGGCCGCCUCCUCAGAAGAGCUGGGCGGCGCAGGCAACGUAGCCAGGCCCACAUUCCCACUGUGGCCCCUCCCCUCCCGCCCCUUGCCCCCGCCCCUUGCCCCCCCUAAUUUUGAUCCUGGAUACGCCCCUGCCCCAAUGCUUUCUAUGUUCACUUUAAUGUAACUAUGGGGUGUGUGCCCAGAUUUGGAGCAGUGACAGGACAAGGGUGUUUUAACUCUUUCCCCACCGAUCAUUUCCCUGCUAAAUACAGAGAGAAAAGCCGAUGGGGGAGAGAUAUUAUGAUUAUGCUGCAUGGAUAAAGAAAGAGAUGUAGACAGCACUAUAUAUACACGAGUGUCUGAUUAAUACAAGAGAGUCCUGCAUAGGAGCAGGAUUGUACAGGCUGAGCGAGAUGUGACAUAAAGAAUGUCUCCUAAUGGGUUUUGUUUUUACUGUAAUGCUGCUGCAGGGGGCUCAGAAUAUGAUGUGGGGAGGGCAGUACUUAACUAUUUUCCCAUAGGCCAUUUUCCCAAUGAUAAUAUCUCUCCCCAUCUGCUUUUCUCUCUGAGGGGGAAAAAGAUACGUGAGCAAAGUAUCUAAGCAGCUAGAAGUAUUUAGCAGGGAAAUGAUCGGUGGGGAAAGAGUUAAAACACCCUCUUCCUGUCGCUGCUCCAAAUCUGGGUUUCUUCAGGUGUGACAAUAAGGGUGUGGCUGAUACGUAUUAGGGUGAAGUAGUUAUUUAGAGCACUCAAUUCAUAUCUGAAGUUUUUGUGUUGGUAGUUGAGUUACAUGCUUUCCUUUGUCUCGUCUGGUUAAUAUUGGGAGACAUUUCACUUUGCUUGUUGUUUCAUAUGAUCUUGUUCGAUUAAAUGUCAAUUUGUAUUAUGUUUCCCUCUCGCUUUCUCCAUCCCUUCUUAGUGUGUCAGCUGUACAGUAUUCUGAAUUUUAAAAAUGUUGUAAAGUAAUGCAAAGAGAGAGACUGCUAUAUUGGAUAUGUCUCUUUCUAAUAAAUAUAAGAAAAUA